AUGGCUGCCGCGGAGUCGUUGUACAUCCACUUCUCCUGGAAGAAAUUCCGGCACCUUGUAACCACGUCGCCCAACGACACCACCAAUCCUCUCUACCACGUCUCCAUCCGCAGCACCAUCGGGCCACACGUCAUCAUUCGAUACCCAGCCACAGACGGCAUAAUUGGCACGGGCACUCUCCACGCCUUCUCAAUUUCUCCGCGCUACUCGCUCCGCUCCCGCCCCGGCCAGCUCAAAGCCCUCGCCCGGCUGCGCACCGAAUACAACCACAUCUCCCACACUUUCGAUCCCUCCGGUAAGCCGCACUCCAUGCGCUGGACCUCGAGUUCGGGCUUUAAAUCCUGGGACUUUCUCUGUCUUGACGAGCACGACAACGCAGUGGCACGAUUCAGUGCGAGUAUCUGGAGUGCGACGAAGGUGGGAAGGAUUGAUUUCUUAGAUGCCAAGAUUGCUGGAAAUGAGGCCUUCAGGGAAGAGAUGCUGCUAUUGGGGCUGACGUUGUACUAUUGUAUGUGGUUCAGGACGUACAACGUGUUUAACAUUGCGGGGAGUAUUUUCACGAACACCAAACCACUGGACAAAGACGGAGCUGUGGAUGGCAGGGAACUCAAGGCCUUGGGCAGGGCUGACUCGAGACUGAGUAUUGCGGAUGAGGCAGGGCUGGUGGGGGAGGGGAAUGGGCAGGGAGGGCAGAGUAGGUAUGCGCCGCGAUUGAAUCGCGCUUGA